CCUCUCAGUCGGCGAGGAUGCAUGCUGCUCCUCCUAAUUGUGAUUAAGCUCUUUGUUGUAAUCAAAAGCAUCUCCUCCUCCUCCUUCUUCCCCGUGCUGCCUGUGACCACAGUGGGUAUAGCUGGAGACUUCCUUUUUCCGCCUCUGCGUGCCGAGCCUGGCUCUGACAUCACUCUCUGGGAAGCACACGCGCUCCUGGCUCGUGAGCGGCGCGAGGCAGCGCCCGGAAGAGAGCAGGCGGCGUGCCCACGACUGACAGACAGUCUGGGAGAUAGCGAGGGGGAGAGACGCACACACACUCACACACGCGGCGGAGAGCGAGACCGGGAGGUUCGGCGGACGAAGAGUGAGACCGAGAGACUUGCAGACGGACGGGGGAGACGGAGACGGGCGGAGAGACACACACACAGACUACACACACACAGACUACAGACACACAGACUAAAGACACACACACAGACUACACACACACAGACUACACACACACAGUGACUACAGACACACAGACUACACACACGCACACAGACUACAGAGACACACAGACUACAGACACACAGACUACAGAGACACACACACAGGCUACAGACACACACAGAGACUACAGAGACACACACACAGACUACAGAGAAACACACAGACUACAGAGACACACACAGACUACACACACAGACUACACACACAGACUACAUACACACAGAGACUACACACACACAGAGACUACAGAGACACACACACAGACUACACACACAGAGACUACAGACACACACAGGCGGAGAGACACACGAGCUCAAGCACUGAGAAACAGACGAACGAACAGACAGAUAGACAAACGUACACAGACGCACUGAGUGACAAACCUCCAGACCGACAGAUAGCCUCGCCCGACUGAAAGCCCGACUCACUGGCAGGCACACGAGCAGACAGAGACAGGGGAAAGAGAGAGAGAGUCGGACAGAGGCAGGUACACACACAGACAUACACGCGUGCGGACAGAGACAGGGGGUAGAGAGAGAGAGUCGGACAGAGGCAGGUACACAGACAGACAGACAGACACGCGUGCGGACAGAGAGGCAUCGCACGGAUGCCCAGAGACUCAGACGCGCAUCUCAGCGGUUGAGUGAUCACCGUAAAUCGCUCCACUGAACUCUACCCGACCCACCCCACCCUCGGCGCUCCUCCGCGGGCACUCGCCUCUCGCAACAAGUUCCACAGCGAAGAGGAGGACAUGGCAGAGAACAAGAAAGGGGCGAGCAGUGGAGUGGCCUCCAUCGGGGACUUUGACCCCCUGCAAGCCAGCGCGCCCGCCACCAAGGUGGAGGUGAGCGUGUCCUGCAGGAAUCUCCUGGACAUGGACACGUUCUCCAAGUCGGACCCAAUUUGCGUGAUGUACGUCCAAGCCGUAGGCAGCCAGGAGUGGCGGGAGUUUGGCCGCACGGAGGUGAUCGACAACACUCUGAAUCCGGACUUCGUGCGGAAGUUCAUCAUGGACUACCUGUUUGAAGAACGGCAGAACCUUCGCUUUGACCUGUUUGAUGUGGAUUCACGAAGCUCCAACCUCUCCAAGCAUGACUUCCUUGGACAGGCGUUCUGCUCUCUGGGCGAGGUGGUGGGAUCAGUUGGUAGCCGCCUUGAGAAGCCCCUCGGGGGAAUACCUGGAAAGAAAUGUGGGAGCAUAAUUCUGACGGCUGAGGAACUGGGAAACUGUCGGGACAUUGCCACCAUGCAGUUCUGUGGAAACAAGCUGGACAAGAAGGAUUUCUUCGGCAAGUCGGACCCCUUCCUCGUGUUUUACCGCAGCAAUGAGGACGGCUCGUUCACGAUCUCGCACAAGACAGAGGUGGUGAAGAACACCCUGAACCCCGCGUGGCAACCCUUCAGCAUCCCCGUGCGCACCCUCUGCAACGGGGACUUUGACAGGACCAUCAAGGUGGACGUGUACGACUGGGAUCGAGACGGCAGCCACGACUUCAUCGGAGAGUUCACGACCAGCUACAGGGAGCUGGCGCGCGGACAGAACCAGUUCAACAUUUACGAGGUGAUCAACCCAAAGAAAAAAGCCAAGAAGAAAAAAUAUGUCAACUCUGGCACAGUGACCCUGCUGUCCUUCAAAGUGGAAUCCGACUACACCUUCCUGGACUACAUCAAAGGAGGGACCCAAAUUAACUUCACUGUGGCGAUUGAUUUCACCGCCUCCAAUGGCAGCCCGUCCCAGCCCACGUCCCUGCACUACCUAUCCCCGUACCAGCUCAACGCCUACGCCCUCGCGCUCAAGGCCGUCGGGGAGAUCGUGCAGGACUACGACUCCGACAAGAUGUUUCCCGCGCUCGGAUUCGGGGCCAAGCUGCCGCCAGAUGGACACGUGUCCCACGAGUUUGCGUUGAACGGAAAUCCGCAAAACCCGUACUGCAGCGGGAUCGAGGGGGUGCUGGAGGCCUACUACCAGAGUCUGCGCUCCGUGCAGCUUUACGGCCCCACCAACUUCGCGCCCGUCAUCACGCACGUCGCCAGGUAUGCCGCGUCGGUGUCGGACGGCUCCCAGUACUUUGUGCUGCUCAUCAUCACGGAUGGCGUCAUCUCGGACAUGGCGCAGACCAAGGAGGCCAUCGUGCACGCGGCGAGUCUGCCCAUGUCCAUCAUCAUCGUCGGGGUGGGACCGGCAGAGUUCGACGCCAUGGAGGAGCUGGAUGGAGACCAGGUACGUGUGUCGUCACGGGGCCAGGAGGCUGAGAGGGACAUUGUCCAGUUUGUUCCAUUCCGGGACUACGUGGACCGCGGAGGCAGCCAGGUGCUGAGCAUGGAGCGCCUGGCGCGGGACGUCCUGGCCGAGGUGCCGGAGCAGUUCCUCUCCUUCAUGAGGUCCCGCCGGGUCCCACCGCGCCCCGCGCCCCCCCCUUACACGGCAGCGGGGGGCCAGGGGGGGCCGGGGGGCCCCGGCGGUCAGGUCGAUGGCUCGUUGGGGGCAAACGCAUAGCCGGCGUGGCACCGCACGCCCGGGGGCAUCGCUGGUCGUUAUAACCGUCACCGUCUCUUAUUCAUCAGCCGUGUUGUAUCCGCUGCCGGGUGAAGGCCUCCCCCCGCCAGCCCCUGUCACCCCCAUCCACCCAAACCCCGCUGGUGCCUUCUCACACGGUCCAGCGAUGCCACGAUCCAUCUCGCUCGCUCGCGCGCACGAGCCGCCCUCAUCGCUUCAUCUCAACGGCGACGGUCCCCGCGGCUCGCGCAGCUCUCGUACGACGGAGUAAUAUAUUUCAGGAUCAGAAUAUUUAUUUACACUGGAGGAAUCCGAUGAGCUAUGAAGCUCGUUUUCACGGAUGAUCUGUUUCCUGUGCAGAGCGAUUCCACGACAUGUGUUGUGAUGUCGGUCACAGAAGAAGCAAUCAUCGCGAUCGUAAUGUUGUGGAAUUCUAAAUAACGGUUGUAGACAUGUAUUUUCAGUGAUCGUAAAAAAAAAACGUCAAGUAUGUUGACGAUAUAACAAUCGGUGGACUGGCUUGUGCUAUAACGGAGCACGCUCACAGAACACCCUGGAGGAAUCACCCCUCCGCCAGCAAAUCAGCCUUCCACACCGACGAUUCACAGCUGCGUUCUGUUUAACCGGGGCAGCUUCGUCGAGGAGUCGAGACCUGCUCAGAAAAUAACACCGCCAUUAAAGCACUGGCCUUGGAAGGCUUCUAAGCAAUGGCGUCGCGUCGUUGGUUGCCAUGGGCCCUGGCGCAAGGCAUGGAACGGGGUCCCCUGUUCACUCCCCCACCCCGACUAUUUGUCGCCCGGUGCCUGGGCCGUUUCGCGCUGUGGGCCUCAGUGCAGUUGCACUGCCUGCGGACUUGAAGGCUACGCUCAUGUGCGGAGUUUGGUGGGCAGGGGGGCACGGGGGGGGCAGCACCCCCCCCCCCCAAACCGAACACCUUUAUUAAUUUAUUUUCAGUAGUUUGUAAUAAAGUUUCAAAAUAAAUGAAUUAUAUCCGCCCCAAACUCCGCUGACACUGCCCGUAGGCCAAAGCGCUUGGAAGUUUGUUUUUAUACGAAAAGAAAGGCGGACUCCCGUCUAGCUGUUUAUUUAUUUGACACCCAUAAUAAACUAAACUUUCUAAAAAAACUAUUUUUAUUUUAUUUUACCAGGUAAGGACCACUGAGCUGUGUAGCUCUGUUUUAGAAGCGACCCGGCCACAAGCGAUAGCUCAACGAAGGGGCUCAUGACGUGGGAAUUUAUAGCGGCAGCCAAACACUCUAAACGCGUGUUGAUUCUAAAUGUGGAGGGAAAAACCGGAGGCCCCGGAGAAAAAUCCACGCGACCACGGGGAGAGAGAGACACCACAAACUCCAGGGUCGGAAUCGAACUCACGACCUCCUGUAUACCAGGCGAGGUAGUUAACAUCUCGCCACCGUGGCGCCUUGUCUCCAUGACAGCAAAGCCUUUGCAUCGUGUACGUGGGUCGGGCUGGAAUCGUGGCCCCUCCACCCGCACCCUCACCCCGCUGACCCACGUGGGAUGAGUCACGCUCCACGGGGCCCGCACGCGCGCGCCUCUCGUGUCCCCACGUGGCGGUCUCGUCGGUGCGGCGAGCCCAGACGCGUUGCCGCGAGCCGCUCCGUCGCUCCCCCCCUCCCCCUCUCCCCCCGGGAUUUGUCACGGCGCCCCCCCCCCCCUCCUCCACCCCCCACCGUGCCCUCUGCGGUGCUCGUCGAGACGCACGCAAGCACCGCCGUGGCUCUUCCCCACAAUUGGCACUUGUUCGUGAAAUCUCGCUUUGCUUUUCAUCAUCGACACCGGCUGUCCCAUACGUCAGCUCAUUAGCGAGACAAUGUGCUUUUGUCUCCCCAUACUCCCCGUUUGCUUCAACGUCUGUAUCGUACCGCCGAGUACGUGGUGGGGGAGUAGUCAGCCUCGUAGCUGCACGAGGCUGUCAUCUUCGAGCCUUGAUUCUCUGUAAUCGGGUUGUUAUUGCCUCCAACUCUGUUCUCAUGUCAUCACUUUCCAGUCUGUGCAGUCCCGAUACUCCUCCUGGAAUCCCGCCCAAGCAAUCCAUCUCGCACGCUCAGAUCGUUUUCUCAUCGAGCUCCCUUGUCGUCAGACGGGAUUCUGGACCAUAGAUCAGUACCGGUGCAACCAUCGACUUGGAAAGGCCUCGAUCCUGGGCACUGUCACUAUGUGGGUAGGUGGUCAUCGCUCACUUUUAAAUUAAAGCAAAAAACUCAAAUGUUUUCUUCACACAUUGUUAGCGGAUUCAGAACAAUUGGGAAAGAAUGCGUUGCACAAGAGUGGAUUUCAACGCACGCUUGUCUUUGCAAGUAUAUAAUGAGCAGUAGGCAAGAUGACGGGCGGUUUUCAGGGGAAAAUGCGUUUGCAUGCUUGCAAAUAGUCGUCUUUGCUCUGGUUUGCGUCUCCAAGAUCUAGAUAAUAACGCUUUGACCAACGUGGCCGUUGCAGGGCGAGGCUUAAUCUUCCUAGCAGCAACAGGUUCGGUUCGUACUGGAUCGACUUCCUAAGCGUUAUCAUGCCCACCUCCUGUGAUGUACAGACGAACGGACGGACGGACAGAGCUAACGCGUGCACGUUUCCAGCCUCGGUCAGAAAGCCUUGGAAAAGUCGUGAUCGUAAGAACAGCACUAAUCCGGUAUAUAGGAAAUCGAACACGCUGCCUCUAUUCAAAUAACACAUUUCCACGGUCCCUUUUUGAUGCCUUUUAAUUUCGUCUCUUUCAAAAACCUGCCGACCUGCGGCGCCAAACCCGACCCGUUCCCCCCACCCCCCCACCCCCCGUUGCGCAAAUCCCGAGCCGGUGCCAAAGCGGAGCCGCCGCGCGUGGCCGCGUCAGUGCCGGCCCGCGUCGUUCAGCCGUGCCAGAGUCCCUUCGAGGGAGGGCCCCUCAAUUUCCGAGGCUUUCCCGUGGCUUGCCAGGUAGAGGUGGAGAUAUCAGCUGAACUCCCGAGUGACUCCGCGGGGCCACGGGGAGAAUGGCUCUUGCGUGCGCGCGCUGUCACGCAAUUGAGUGUGAGGAGCGAUUUCAAAGUGCACGUCGCGCCGGGCGUUUGGAAGGUUUGCGGCACACGAGAGAGCAAAGCGUCACGGUGCCCUUCUCGCUGAGAUUGCGCGCCUCCCUCGCUCUCUGCGUUGUGCACUCUCGCAAUGUCCGUGUCUCUCUUGAGCCUGCAAUUUUUUUCCCAUCAGUCAAUCUGUUUCUCUGUCUGUCCCUCUAAGUUCUAUAUUUUUUUGUCAGUUUUCUCUCUGUGUCUCUCAAUGUUUUUUUAUGGGUUCCUACAGCUGUACCUUUGUAUUUCUCCUUCCUCUUGCGUCUCUUUGUGUUUAACUUCGUUUUUUUCUACAUCCCCCCUAUGUGUCCACCUCUCUUUGUCUCCGUGACCAUAUUCAUCUGCGUUUGUUUCUUGCAGUCUAUUUUUUUCUGUGUCUAUAUUUGGCCCCACCCUAUAUCUCUCUCACUAUUUCCCUCUGUUUUUAUUUCCCUCUCCUCUCCCACUCUCCCAAUUGCAUUAUCUUGACACCCUUCAUACAUUUCCCGCCCGCCCCGUCACAGCAUUGCUCCCUGGGCUGCCACGUUUAUCCCCCACCCCCGAGGCCGACCCGGACCUCCCCUCUCCACAAAUCCGUCGCAGCGCUCCACCACUUCGUUUCUUUGUGGGACAGCCUUUUCAAUGCCCCGUCAUCUCCACCACUUGCGGUGCGUUUAUUACAAAGCCACGCACGCAGCCCUGGCGGUGACCUCUGCCAAGCUCUGCCAACCUGCUCCCAAACGUCUUGCCUCACCCACGCACGGCACAACCCAGCACCCAGGCCCCACCCCAACACCACGGCACCAUUCGAUGUCACGUCGAGAGCACGGGUUCAGGUGCAGCGCGCUUGCGCCCAGUUCGAUUUCCCGAUGCCCAGGUGUGGCCCCGACACUGCCCCGUCCGGCAGGAGAGACGCGCCGCACGAGGAUGUGUCUGUGCGUGUAUUAGUGGGGAGCGGUCGUGCAGCGGUUAGCGCUAUGCUGCGCGACGAACACGGCGACCCGAGUUCGAUUCCCGCUCACGGCCAACACCGGUGACUAUUAUCUGAACCGGUCCUGGGCCUCCCCUAGGUCGACUGAGCCUCAAACGAGUACCUGGUGCCGUGUGUAAACAUCGCCACUGGGGAGAUAAAAGCGGCCGGGCGUCGUGUUGGACAACCACCCAAUCGUGUGCCAUGCCGGCCUUCAUAGAUGCUCACUAACGGCCUGUUAGAGGCUAUACGGGGGGGACCCUUGUCUUUGUGUAGUGAGUUCAACUGAGUCGCAGCCGUACACUUGGAGGCAACACAUUUAUUUAACACCAACACUCGGGGUAACUGCCUCCGUAACAGAAUAACAGCCUAUGGUGGUGACCACCAGGCUAAGUACACAAAUUACUACGUAGCUGCUAUGACAGACCGGGACCCACAGCUCGGGUCCAGGUCCACGUGUUGGAGACUCGGAGAACGUAUGACGUAGACGAAGGUUUCUUCAGGAUGAACAACAACGCCGGCCCCUCUGGGCGACCCGGCUUAUAUCCUCUGCGGCGUGGCCGGCUCCACCCUUGGCCACGCCCACCUUCUAGAAUCCUCGAGCAGGAUCUGGACCCCGACCACGUGACCACUCCGAGCCCCUACUCGAGGCCCCUUUGUAGACUUAACCGGUCACGUGUCAACCAGAGGGCCAUGGCCUUUAGUAACCCCUUUCCUACGGCCGGCACUCCCACACCCUAUCCUGUAGGGGCUGGCACUGCACGCCAAGCGUGGUGCUACCCAGCGCUGUCACUCAGCGCUCACCAGGCCCCUCUAGGGCCGCUACUACACAGUGACAUCCCGAGAUGUCACUACAUUUGUGUUGGGGGCCGUCCAUAAAUGACGUCACGCACUUAGGGGGGGGGGAGGUCAGACAUUUGUGACGAUGUGUGACGAGGGGGGGGGGGGUUGAGAAAUGGGACGUCACAUCAAAAUGCGCAACUUUAAAUAAAUAUAGACAACACGUUCUACUUAAUUAAGUAGACUUUGUAAUACAUGUUUUCUCCUACAACAUCAGAGUGCAGCGCCACAUUAAAUACGCACUUCAAUGACAAUAGUUUAAAGCGAUUUGAAGCAUGUUUUAUGUUUUUUUGUGGGGGGGGGGGGGGGCAGAACUUUGUGACGUCAUAUUUGAGAGGGGGGUCUGACUUUUUGUGACGCCGUGUGACGAACGGGGGGGUCAAAAAUCAUCCUAAAUCGCGUGACGGCCCCUUGGGGUCAUACUUCGCUGUCAUCUCAGACCCCCUCACGCGCGUAUCUUGUCAUGAGCGGAGUGGCCGUGUUUACACAGUUUUUGUACUUCGUCCUGAGACGGCGAUUGGGACGUUCUAUAGAGGAUAUAGAAUAGACGCAUUAUAUACACGUAAUAUAAAUCCAUCUUGUAAUCGUGUCCUCGUGUCGUACGGAGUGGCCCGAGAAAUACCCGGCCACUCGAAAUCGUUUACAGAAUUUGUACACAUUUGUGCAAACAUCGUUAGCAUCGCUUAGCACGUGUGUGAGAACGUGUGUGUUCACGUGUUGGGGAGUGGUGGCCCAGUGAUUAGCGCACUGCACUACGAAGCCAGUGACCGGAGUUAUAUUCCAACUCACGACCCAUAAUUGACAGCGAAUAUUUGAUCCGGUAUUGUUCUUCGCCUCGGUCGACUCAGCCUUAAAUGAGAACCUGAUGCGUUAUAAACAUAAGCACUGGGGAGACAAAGGCGGCCGAGUACGGUUGUUGGCCACCCACCCUCCACCUCGUGUGCCGUGCGGGUCUUCUUAAUAUGUGCUCACUCACAGCACCUGCCCCAACAGUCUAUUAAAGGCUAUGUGGGGGGUCUGUGUGUGUGGGGGGGGGGGGGGGGGCAGUGGUGUAGCGGUUAGCGCGCUGCCCUGUGAACUUUGUAUCUCGCUGUUGGGUAUCCAUCUGCCAAUAUGGACGUGUGCAUGUCCAAUACUACUGCUUGUGUUGUCACGGUCGGUGCCGCUGUACCGCUCUCUCCCACGUGUUUCCAGCUUGUUAGCGCGUGUUGUUCGGCACGAUGUCCGACGUUUCGCGCAACGUUGCUGGGAGCGUCUUCUCGAGCUGAUUUGAGUCGCUCGCGUUUUCCCCUCGGAUUAUACAGCCCUGCUGGCUGCUGCUGCUGCUGACGUUGCCGAUUGGCUCGCUUCUCGAGACGUACGUCGGCCCGGAACGUCGGACAUUGGUGCCGAGCCAAAACCAGCGGCACAACCCGAAAACACGAUCAGAGGACCGCGCGUCCGUGUGCGUGUCGAACGUGUAGGUUGUUGCGUGUUGCUUCUCGGCGCGCGCGUGUGUGUGUGCGCAUGGCAAUGUGUGCGUUGGUGGGUGUGUGUGUGGGUGUGUGUGUGGGUGGGUGUGUGUGGGUGGGUGUGUGUUCAUGGGGUGGGGAGCGAACCCAACGACCCGCGUUCGAUGUCCGCUAACGGCCAACACCAGUGGCGAUUAUCCAAACCGGUUCUGGGCCUCCCCUAGGUCGACUCAGCCUCAAAUGACGACCUGAUAUAAAGUGUGAACGUCGCUACUUGGGAGACGAAGAUGGCCAGGCGUGGUCCUGACCACCCACCCCCUUGUGUGCCGUGCGGACCUUGCGCGUACUGUAUGUUGGACUUCUUUCGCACCGCACAAAGCCAACCGUGCGGGGGAAAGACAACGAACGAGACACCAAAAUCAGUGCUAAAGAAAUUAGUUUUCAAUCUUGAUGUUCGAGAGCAUCGCUUCCAGUGGCUUCCUAAUAUCGGAAGCAAGAGCGUUCCAGACGGCCGCAGAAUAAACAUUCGCUAACAGUCCGUUCAAGGCUUCACACGCAAGAGGAUCCGUCAUUGUGCUGUGAGUGUGUUCACGUGUCCAUGGUUCUGGUUAGCGUGAUGGAGUGAAUGUCGCCCGUGUGCCAGUCGGGGUGUGAUGACUUCUCUGUGCGCCGGUGGGAGCGGGGCCGCGGGGGGGGGGGGGGUUGAGCGAUGUGCGUGGAUGGCAAACGGCGUUCGGAAGCAGAGCCGCCCACAGGUGGGGGGUGGUGAGGGGGGGUAGUGGGAGUGGGGGGCGAUUUUCACAGUGCCUCACACACAACCCCCCCCCUCACACACAAGGGGCCUGCAAGGAGCCCUGUGGGCGGUCCUGCUUCGUAGCCACAUGCUUCAUCCCGUGGGCGCGAGUGCACGCGUGGACCCCAGCCAAGGAGGAGGAGGAGGAGGUUGUUUUGUACAGACUUUGUGUUAAUAAAUGAUCAUAAAACACUG